AUGGCACUGCUAGUGACGCGACACGACGGAACCAUCUUCACGAACCCAGAGUCGGUAACCGUCGACUUUGAGAUAACCAUCUUGAGAGCCAACAACACUGCCACAACUACCACCAACACCACCACCAACUCCACCACCAACACCACCAACUCCACCACCACCACUCUUCUGCAGUCGUCAAAGGACCAGAAAAAUAUCCCCGUCUAUGGCCACCCAUCAUUCUAUGAGAUACCCGAGUUCUCCGAGCAGUACAAAGAGAAAAAAACCUUAACCGUGAACGGAUUCCUCUCCCUUGAAGUCAACGUGCCAGAAAACGCCAAGAGGAUCGAGAUACUAGCAACAGUGAUGAACAUGACAAGAGGUGUAACAGUGUUGAGGUCAGACUCCCUCAGUGGCAACUUCCUGCACCUGCUUCUGACCUCACGGAAUCCGGAAGUGGGUCAAGUAGUAGAGUUUACAGCUCGCACCACAGAACCAGUGAAGAGUAUAACCUAUCAGGUUUACGCAAAAGGGACGAUGGUUUUUGAGUCCGAGGUCACCUCCCCCGUGGAGGCCGGCAAUCAAACGUUUUCCAUCUCAUUCACACUCACACCGGUGAUGGCGCCCCACUGCCGCGUUCUAGCAUUUUACUUGCGAGACAAUGGCGAAGUAGUUCCAGACAGCUUGUCCAUCAAUGUAAAGGCUACUUUGGACAACCCAGUAGAUGUCGGGUUUACCGCAGAAACAGCAAAGCCAGGAGACACGGUCAAUCUUGUGAUCAGCGCCAAACCUAACACCACUGUUUUCUUGCUGUCUGCCGACAAGAACGUCCAGCUUCUCAAGUCUGGAAACGACAUCACACAGGAAAUGAUCACCGAAGAGCUUGUGUCCUACGACUACAGUUUCAUGUUUUACGGGUUCUGGUACGACAUGUUCCUCAGCGGGUUUCCAUACCCUUCAAAGGGUUCCGAUGCUAACAAAGUGUUCAAGGAUGCUGACGUGGUUAUACUAACAGACGGAUUAGUGUACGACAAUCAAUAUACAAGAUAUCCCAAUUUCGUGAUGGCGUCUUUUCCAAGGAAAAUUGUCCAAGCUGCCGUUUCUCCUGUUUCCGGUGUGAGAAGAAUCAGCAAAAAUGUUCCAGAAACAUGGCUUUGGAAUAUGGUCACUAUUGGGUCUAGUGGCAAAUACACAUUAUCAGAGGUCGCACCAAAUGCCAUCGUUACCUGGCAGACGACUGCCAUCGCAGUCCACCCUGUAUUCGGACUGUCGGUCACACCCAAGGCUGCUGAGAUCACUACGUAUCCAUCCGUGUUUGUCACCUUGGACACGCCUGACACAGCCAUGCGUGGAGAGGACAUUUGUUUCAAGGCCUUUGCCUUCAAUUAUUACAACACUUCGUUAGAGUUGACUUUGACGAUGGGAAGCAUUGAUGGCAUACAGGUCUCCAAGGAAGGGCAAAAAUCUACCAAUCUUUCUCACAGCCUCGGCCAAGUGGACCCUGACAAUGUCCGCGACACGGACUUCUGCUUCACGCCGGUCAAGCUGGGACCCUUGCCCGUCAGGGUCAACCUCACGACAACCUCGGUCCCUGGAGACAGUGUAGAGCAAAUAAUUCUAGUGAAGCCGGAGGGCAAGCCGAAGGCCGUAAAGCAGUGAGUCCCCUUCUCACGUACCCUCCACAGAACAUCCACCUAGUGACUUAGUUCAGGAGUCACAACACAUCUCUGUCACCAUAUGUUUCGGUAUUAAAAGUCUUGAGAAUG